ACCAGCUUGUGGACCGAUGCCCAGGUGGUUGGAGCCGAUGCUUGGAACGGAGACAGCCCGAAUAUUCUGCCUUGUCAGAUGAGCGCCUUGUCCCGCCAACGGUUCGCAGCAGCCUCCUACCUGCAGGGAUGGGCUCAGCCCCAUGGUACAAGGAGAAAUUGUCUUGUAAGUGCUUUGGACGGCACAGCAAAGCGACGUUCUCAGGCUCUCUCAACAGCCAGCGCUGGAGAUUUUUGAAAAACGGCCUGGAUGAUUUCAGAAGCGGCGUCCCUGCUCCAUCUGACAACAUCAUCAUCCGUGGCCCCAAGGGGCCUUUACCGAUUGUUCUGCCCAACAAUGCACCUGAUGCUUCCUGUGGGGCCCAGCAGAAAGCAGGGAAAAUAUUUGCAAGACAGUUCAGGCUCAGUCCCUUGCAGAAAGCCAGGCAGGAUCACAUUGCAAAGACAGAAUACUGCCUGAGCCAACACCCUCUCGUGCUCUACCCUCAUCUGAAAGAAAGCAUCUCUCCAGAGCUUUUUGAAGAGGUCGUGGCCAUCCUGGACCCGGAGAUGUGCUUGCAUAGUGAAGCAGGAGACAAGGAUCGUGACUGGGAGAGACACACUCCUCAGCAAGUGCCGGAUCAGCUGGAGGACGGGACAAGUAAAGAAAUAAGCCUCACGUCAUCCACACUCCUCAAGCAGACAAAAAGCAAGAAUCCGUACUUAUACUUUUCCAAGAAAGAGGUCGCAGCAAGGGAAAAGGCAGCCAUGCAGUGCUACGUUCCUCCCCUUGAUGAGAACGUAAAGCGAGCGACCAAGGAGUUUUGUGACUGGGUUGCUUCUUGGGGAGGAGAAAGUUAUAACAUUGAAGAAGAUACCAUCAUGAGGCUGUUUGAUGCUGGUUAUGUAACCAAGCCCACGCUGGCUAAGACUGUCGAAGUUGUGGAGAUAAACAAUGUGCCACUAGAGCUGAAACAGUGUCUGGAGUUUUCACUCUCCCCGAAAGUUGUAAGGAGUCUUUCUAAGGGUCUCUACCAGCCCAAAUGGGAGAAGUUCAGGUACGGAGCCUGGUACCUUGACCCUAAAACGUGGAGAAAACUAAAAGCAAACGAGCCUUUAGAAGAUCCAAAAGUAGCAGCUGAAAGGUUGCUGAAGUUGAGGAAGCGCUUUAGUGAAAAGGAGACAGACGCAGUGCAGCUCCAUGGAACGCACGCUUUUAAUGAAUUCCUGGAAAAGAAGGGCUACCGGAAGCCUGAGUUUCUUCUGCAGAUGCUGGCUGCAAAGGAUGAUAAAGGAGCGAAAGAGGGAACAUCAAAAGACCUUAAAAAGACGCAAAGAGGUCGGAGCAAGAUUUCCUCCCACACUCGCUAAUAACUGCAGAACUCUCACUUUGUUAACUCAUAUUUGUUUCUUCCAAAUAAACCACUCUGAAGGCUCCCACAAGGGGCAUUUCUAA